AUGUUUUGCGGUCUCCUUUCCCUCCUCUUCUUUGCUGUGGCCAGCGGGACCCCCGUCGGGGACCAAGAUGAGGAUAUCCAAGUGCAGGAGAAUUUUGAGGCUGAGCGGAUGUAUGGGAAGUGGUAUGACAUCGCCAUCGGCACGACCUGCAAAUGGAUGAAGAACUACAAGGAGAAGUUCAGCAUGGGCACCCUGGUGCUGGGCCCUGGCCCCAGCGCCGACCAGAUCAGCACCGCCAGCACCAGGCUGCGGCAAGGUGACUGCACGCACAUCUCGGGAGAGUACCAGAAAACCAGCACCCCCGGCAAAUACACCUACUAUAACCCCAAAUGGGACGUGUCUAUCCGGUCCUACGUGCUCCGCACCAACUAUGAAGAAUAUGCUGUCAUUCUGAUGAAGAAGAAGAGUAGUUUUGGUCCAAGCACCACCCUGAAGCUGUAUGGGAGGAGUCCGGAGCUGCGGGAGGACCUCAUUGAGGCUUUCCAGCAGCUGGCUCUGGAGAUGGGCAUCCCCGCGGACUCCAUCUUCAUCCUGGCCAACAGAGGUGAAUGCGUUCCUCAGGAGACUGCAACUGCCCCCCAGAGAGCGCGGAGAGCAGUCCUGCCCCCCGAGGAGGGCUCGGCCGCGGGACCCCUGCCCCCUUACAUCGGCAAUAAGGAAGACUCGUGCCGGCUGAGCCGGGACCCCGGGCCCUGCAGCGGGAUGCUCUCCCGCUUCUUCUACAACUCCUCCUCCAUGGCCUGCGAAACCUUCCUCUACGGCGGCUGUCUGGGCAACGGCAACAACUUCUACUCGGAGAAGGAGUGCCUGCAGGCAUGCCGGACGGAGGCUGCCUGCAGGCUGCCCAUCGUCCAGGGUCCCUGCCAGAAGCUGGUGACGCGCUGGGCCUUCGACGCGGCUCAGGGCAAGUGCAUCACGUUCAGCUACGGAGGCUGCAAGGGCAACGGCAACCAGUUCUACUCGGAGAAGGAGUGCAAGGAGUACUGUGGGGCUCCUCCGCUGGCAGAGGACGAGGAGUUUCUGCAUCUGUCAAACUGACGCGGGCAGAGG